UUUGAUUUGUGAUUGGAUGCAUCGACAACAACAUUAUAACGACGACCAAAAGGUUAAAAUUUCAAUGAUCUCAAUUUGGUUGUGUCGAAGACGAUAUUUUUUUAUAGAUUUUUUUUCUUGAAAAUUUCCAUUUCCACUUGUUUGAUUUGUUUUAAUAUUUUUUUUUUUCGGUGGAAAAGGAAUUUGAUUUGAUUUGAUUUUCUUGUUAUACAAAAUGGAAAUGAAUCAUCGUAGACGAUCAUCAAUAUUUCCACAAUAUCUUCGAAGAUCAGAACGUAAAGAUUCAAUAUUUCAAUCAGAAUCGACAAAAAUUCUUUAUCCAUAUACGAUUGAUGAAAAAAGACCCGGUGAUUAUCAAAAAAUUACAAAUGAUGAUCAAAAAUCUACUGCAUUGAAAUUCGGUUGGAUCAAUGGCGUUUAUAUACGUACUGUUCUCAAUAUAUUUGGUGUUAUGUUAUUUCUUCGUAUGGGAUGGAUAACUGGAAAUGCUGGAAUUUUGGGAUCAAUAGGAAUUGUUCUUAUAUCGACAUUAUUAACAUUUUGUACAACAUUAUCAAUGUCGGCAAUAUGUACGAAUGGUGAAAUUGGAACUGGUGGUAUUUAUUAUAUGAUUAGUCGUAGUCUUGGUGCUGAAGCUGGUUCAAUGAUUGGUAUAAUUUUUUCAUUAGCAAAUGCUGUACUUGUUUCAUUGAAUUUGGUCGGUGCAGCUGAAACAACUGUUGAAUUAAUGAAGUCGGCUAAUAUAACGAUUACAAAUAAUAUUGAAAAUGAUACAAGAAUAUAUGGCAUUAUAUUCUUAAUUAUUGUUGCUAUUAUACCAUUGAUUGGAAUGGAUUGGGAAGCUAAAGCCAUGUUUGUCCUAUUAAUCAUACUUAUAGUUGCUAUUGGUAAUUAUUUAAUUGGAACAUUUUUACCACAAACCGAUGUACAGAUUUCAUCGGGAAAUCUUGGAUGGAAACCUGAAAUUUUUAUGCUAAAUCUUUAUGGACAAUAUCAUAAUACAUUGUCCGAAAUAUUUGCUGUAUUUUUUCCAUCAGUUAUUGGUAUAUUUGCUGGUGCUAGUAUGAGUGGUGAUUUACGUGAUCCAAAUGCAGCUAUACCGAAAGGAACAUUUUUGGCAAUCCUGACAACAUCAUCUGUUUAUUCAAUAUUGAUUUUGUUUUUAGGUUUUACCGUAUUACCACAUGCAACUGGAAAUCUGGAUGAUAUGCAAAAUAUUACAUAUCCACCAAAUUUUUCUUGUAUUCAUAGUGAUGAUGGAUGUCCGAAUGGUCUAAUCAAUGAUUAUCAGACAAUGACAUUAAGUGCAGCAUGGGGACCAUUAAUCUAUGCCGGAAUAUAUGCAGCAACUAUAUCCAGUGCACUUGGUUCAUAUGUUUGUGCACCAAGAAUAUUUCAAGCAUUAUGUGAAGAUAAAUUAUUUCCUUAUAUACAUUAUUUUGCUAAAGGUUAUGGUAAAAAUAAUGAUCCAAGACGUGGUUAUGUAUUGACAUUUAUAAUUUCAUUAAUAUUUAUUAUGAUUGGCCAGGUAAAUUCCAUUGCACCGAUUAUAUCAAAUUUUUUUAUGGCAUCAUUUUGCCUUGUUAAUGUAACCUGUUUUCAUGCAUCAUUUGUUGGUUCACCAAGUUUUCGUCCUACAUUUAAAUAUUAUAAUAAAUGGAUAAGUCUUAUAACCGGAUUGAUUUGUGUAGUCAUAAUGUUCUAUCUGGAUUGGAUAUCGGCAAUCAUUACUGUUAUUGUAAUGUGUUUAAUUUAUUUUUAUAUAUCCAAAAAAGGACCUGAUGUCAAUUGGGGAACAUCAACAAAAGGUCAUGUAUAUAAUAAUGCAUUAUUUUCGGCAUUACGUUUAACACAUACAAAAGAUCAUGUUAAAAAUUUUCGUCCAUCAAUCCUAUUAUUAACCGGUAAUCCAAGCGCUCGUAUACCAUUAGUAGAAUUUGCCAAUAAUAUAACAUUACAUCGAAGUUUAUUAAUGAUUGGUCAUAUUGUUGAUUAUGAAAUACCAAAUAAUACAAGAGAAAAAGUUAUUGAAUCACAAUAUGAAUGGAUGUCUAAAAGAAAAAUUAAAGGAUUUUAUCUAUUGCUUGAAGCAUCAUCAUUAACUAAUGGUUCGAAAAUAAUGUCUCAAGUUGCUGGUCUUGGUCUUAAAUUAUCACCGAAUAUUGUCAUGAUGGGAUAUAAAUCAAGCUGGCAUGAUUGUCUGGUCGAAGAUUUACUUGAUUAUUAUAAUGUUAUCAGAACAACACAUGAAAUGUCAUUGGGUAUUAUUAUAUUACGUAUACAGGAAGGUUUAGAUUAUGCAGAUUUUUUUGGUCCAUUACGACAUUCAAUUAUCGAUAUGGAUGAUUUAACAACAAACACAGCUGAUAAUAAUAAUAUUACAAAUACUAAUAGCAAUGGAAAUAUGAAUAUAAAAUUAUUUCAAAUACCGGAAAAAAAUGACGAUGAUGAUGAUGAUGAUGAUGUUGAUAACAAUCCUCAUUGUUUGGAUGAAAAAAUUUCAAAAACAACAAUUUGUUUGGAACGAAGAUUAUCGAAUACAAUUCAAUCAAUACAACAAUCGCAACAACAAAGAAUAUUAGCUAAAAAAAAUUUUGAAAAAAUGAAAAAUCUAAUACCACGUGAUGCAAUCGAAGCAAUCAAUCAAUUUAGUGAUAAACAAAAACCCGGACCAAUCGAUGUUUGGUGGCUAACCGAAGAUGGUGGUCUUACAUUAUUAAUACCAUAUCUAUUGAAUGUUAGCUAUAAAUGGAGUGAUUGUAGUAUGAGAAUAUUUUGUCUUUCGAAAAAUGCUGAUAAUAUUGAAUCGAUUAAACAAAAUAUGAUGGAACUAUUAAAACAACAACGUAUACCAUUCAAAGAAUUGACCAUCAUACCGGAAUCAGAAUUAAAUCCAUCCGAAGAAAGUAAAUCAAUAUUUCGAUCAAUGAUUGAAAAGUUUAUGAAUAAAAAUGAUUCUACAACGACGGCGACAACAACAACAACACGUAAUAUGGCAAAAGUAACAAAAAUUGAUCUAACUAAAUAUGAAACAAUGACGAAUAAAUAUCUUGAUAUUCGUGAUUUAUUAACAUUACAUUCAAAAUCAUCUACAUUGGUUGUCAUGACAUUACCAUUACCACAUCGUGAUAUUGUUGCACCAUUAUAUAUGGCAUGGUUAGAAACAAUAACUAAAGAUAUGCCACCAUUUUUAUUUGUACGUGGACAUAAAAAUGUUCUUUCCUGUGACAAUUAACAUGAUCAUCGAGUUGACGACUUUACUACCAUCUAGUAUCCGAAAUAGAAU